GGCCGCGUUCAGUCUUCUGUCGAGUGUCGUAGCGUGCACAUCGAGUGUCUUCUCCAGUCUCCAUCUCCAUCUCCAACUCGAUCCGAUCCGAUUCGAUUCGAGCCGAUCUGAUCCGAACUGUCUCACUCCGCUGCAGUCUCUAAUCUCGCAUCGAGUCGCGUUCGCGUGUGACGUGUUUGUUUCAACGAAAUUGCAAGCGUUUUAAUUGAAGAAAAGAAUCCCAACCACUCUAGCAAGAUGACGGUGGAUCUAUCGCCUGUGCAGGAGUACUACAAGGACAAGACGAUCUUCAUUACGGGAGCGUCUGGGUUCAUGGGCAAGGUGCUGCUGGAGAAGCUCCUCUACUCCUGCCACUCGCUCAAGGAGGUGAUCAUCAUCUGCCGCCCGAAGCGUGGCAAGACCCCGGAGUCGCGCCUGGAGGAGAUGUACAAGCUGCCCAUCUUCCAGCGCAUCAGGGACGAGCGACCGCACAUGCUCAAGAAGGUGACCAUCUACCAGGGCGACGUUACCUUUGAUUUGUUGGGUCUGAGCGGAGACAGCCUGAAGCAUGUGACGGAGAACACCAACAUUGUGUUCCAUAUGGCGGCAACCCUCAAGCUGGAGGGAAAUCUGCGCGACGCCAUCGACAUGAAUCUAGUGGGCACCAAGCGCGCCCUGGCAGUGGCCAAGCAGAUGAAGCACCUGGAGGCCUUUAUCCACCUGUCGACGGCCUUCUGCAACUGCGACCAGGAGGUGAUGUACGAAAAGGUGUACGAGUUCCCCCACAAGCCCGAGGAUCUCAUACGCCUGGCCGAGUGGAUGGACGUGAAGACGCUCGACACCAUCACCCCUGAUCUGCUGAAGCCGCAUCCAAACACCUACACCUACUCGAAGCGCCUGGCCGAGAUCCUGGUGCGCGACCACUACGAGUCCAUGCCGGUGAUCAUCGCUCGUCCCAGCAUCGUGUCGCCAUCGGCCUACGAGCCCGUGCCCGGAUGGGUGGACAGUCUGAAUGGACCAACCGGCCUGAUAGUGGGCGCCGGCAAGGGCGUCAUCCGCUCGAUGCUCAUCGAUACGCGCCAUCUCUCGGAGGUGAUACCGGUGGACUAUGCCAUCAAUGGGCUGUGCGUGAUCCCCUACCAGUUCACGGGACUGAAGGAGCGGCCCGCGGAGGUGCCCGUGUACAAUAUCACGUGCGCAGACCACCGCAAGAUGCAGUGGGGCGAGGUGAUCGACAUGAGCAAGGACAUUGGCUAUCGCUAUCCGUUCGAGGCGGGCCUCUGGUACCCGGACGGCUGCAUCACCACCAACAGGCUGCACCACAAGAUCAACGUGAUCCUGUUCCAUUGGCUGCCCGCUUACUUCAUUGACUUUAUGCUGCUGCUGCUCGGCCAGAAGAGAUUUAUGGUCCGCAUUCAGAACCGCAUCUCUGUGGGCCUCGAGGUGCUGCAGUUCUUCACGAUGAGGGCCUGGUUCUUCAAGUCGGACGCCUACUCGUCCCUCUGGAACAUCAUGAACGACGUGGACAAGAAAAACUUCAACAUGGACAUGGACCCCGUGGAGACUGUGCCCAUGUACAUCGAGUCGUGUGUCGUGGGCGGGCGGCAGUAUCUGAUGAAGGAAUCGCCCGACAGCCUGCCGCGUGCCCGGCUCCAGCUAAAGCUCAUGUACAUCUUGGAUCGUGUGUGCAAGACGGUCAUCGUGGGCUCCCUGUGCUACUGGACCUACGUCUCGCCUGCUGCCUAUGAACCGAUUCCUGGCUGGGUGGACAACAUGAAUGGACCCACGGGUCUGAUGAUCGGCUGCGGCAAGGGCGUCAUCAGAUCUGUGCUGGUCAAUCAGGACUACAAAGCGGAGGUCAUACCCGUGGACUAUGCCAUCAAUGGCCUCAUCGUGAUCCCCUACGAGUUUAACAAGCAGGCCAAGCGCCCCGCCCAGGUGCCCGUCUACAACAUCACCAAUGCGGAGCACAGAAAGAUGACAAUGGGCACCGUGGUGGAGCUGAGCAAGCGCAUCAAUAGGCAGAUACCACUCAACGCAGGCCUCUGGUAUCCGGAUCCCUGUGUGACCACCAACAAAGUUUACCACAACAUCAAUGUUUCGCUCUUCCACUGGCUGCCCGCCUACUUCCUCGACUUCCUGUUGCUUCUGUUUGGCCAAAAGAGAUUCAUGGUGCGAGUGCAGGAGAAGAUCUCGACGGGCCUGGGCGUGCUUCAGUUCUUUACCCUCACAGCCUGGUCCUUCCGCUCCGAACUUUAUUGCUCCUUGUGGAACAAACUCAACGAGGAGGACAAGGCGAUCUUUAACAUGAACAUGCACGUGAAGGAGACGGAAGACGAUUACAUGGUGCAGUGUGCCCUCGGUGCUCGCAAGUUUAUACUGAAGGAGAAGGAGGAGGACCUGCCCACGGCCCGCAUGCACAUGAAGAUCCAAUUCAUAGUGGAUGUCGUGUGCAAGACUGUCAUUGUGGGUCUGUUCCUAUACUAUGUCCUCAAGUGGACGGGGGCCUUGGCCCUGUUUUGAGACCAAGGAUUCUGGAUAGUCUUUGGAUUCUCGUUUGUUUGGUGGUCACAGGCAUUUACUUAGUCACAAAUCUUAGUCAUAGUUACGCAUAUUCGAGGUUAUGUUUCCAAAUAAAUACGAUUCCUAGGUUGUUGUACAUAAACAUCUAUCUC